CUUCGCGGCGCCGCGGUGCCACGGCCGUGUCCCGCAGGAGCGGUGCCGCGCCGGGAGCUGGCGGCGAUGCGCACGCGGCUCUACCUCAACCUGGGGCUGGUGUACGACAGCCUGCGGGACGCGGGGCGCCGCGGGCGCUACCUGCAGCGCAGCGUCUUCGUGGCGGAGCGGGCGCGCCUGGACGAGGACCUGCAGCGCGCCUACUUCAACCUGGGCGCCAUCCACCUGCGGCAGGGCCAGCACCCCCAGGCCCUGCGCUGCCUCCAGCGCGCCCGCGACUGCGCCCGCCGCAUGCAGGACAAGGCGCUGGAGAGCGAGUGCUGCAGCAGCACGGCGCAGGUCCUGCUGAGCCUCGGAGACUUCGCGGCCGCCAAGCGCUCGCUGAGGACGGCGUACGCGCUGGGCUCGCAGCAGCCCCACCAGCGGCACCUCGUGCGCUCCAACCUGCGCUACGCCACCAAGGUGACGCGGCUGCAGGAGGCGCUGGAGGAGGCGGCGGGCGAGCCGGCGGCGGCGAUGGCGCUGUGCGAGCGGCUGGGGGACGUCUUCUCCAGGCACGGGGACUUCAGGAGGGCCCUGGAGCACUACCAGCGGCAGCUGAGCUACGCCGAGGCGCUGGGCCGCCCCGCGCCCGAGCUGGCCGCCAUCCACGUCUCGCUGGCCACCACCUUCGGCGACCUGCAGGAGCCCGCGCGCGCCGAGCACCACUACCGGCAGGAGCUGGCGCUGCACCGCGGCGACGCCCUGGAGGAGGGGAGGACGUGGCUGAGCAUUGCGCUGGCCAAGGAGGAGGCGGGCGAGCCCCGCGCCGAGCUGGAGGCCUGCCUGGGGACGGCGCUGGAGCGGGCGGAGGCGGCGGGCGAGCUGCGGCUGCAGCGUCAGGUCCUGCGGCACCUCCACGCGCUGCAGCAGCGGGCCGGCAGCGCCGAGGCCGCCGACACCAUGGCGAGGCUGCAGGGUCUGCCGGGGGGCGAGGAAGAGGAGGAGGAGGAAGAGCAGGAGAGCAGCGAGGCCCCUGAGGAGGAGAGCGACCUGGAGCUGUCGGAGAGCGAGGGGGAGGACGACGAGCUCGACGGCUACACCAAGAGCGUCCCCGGCCGCCGGCGCAUCUGCAAGUGGAACCGCCGCAACGACCGGGGCGAGACCCCGCUGCACCGCGCCUGCAUCGAGGGCGACCUGCGGCGGGUGCAGCUCUACCUUAAGCAGGGGCACCCCCUGAACCCCCGCGACUACUGCGGCUGGACCCCGCUGCACGAAGCCUGCAACCACGGGCACCUGGAGAUCGUGCGGCUGCUGCUGGACCGGGGGGCGGCCGUGGACGACGCGGGGGGGCCGGGCUGCGAGGGCAUCACCCCCCUGCACGACGCGCUGGGCUGCGGCCACUUCGAGGUGGCCGAGCUGCUGGUGCAGCGCGGGGCCUCGCUGGCCGCCCGGAACGCCAAGGGCCUGACGCCGCUGGGGACGCUGGAGGAGUGGAUCGGGCUCUACGGCAAGGAACUGGACCAGGAGACGUGGCAGCGGUGCCGGGCCAUGGAGCGCCUGCUCAAGGAGACGGCGGCGGCAGGCGGCGCGCCUGCCGCCCUCCGGGACUCACAGCUCUUCGACGCCGAGCUCUCGGAGCCCCUCAUCGCGGGCGGCGAGGACGCGGCGGGGGCGCAGCCGGAGCCGGGGGACCCCGACAUGUCCCCGGCCAUGUCCCCGCUGCGGCCGGCGCGGAAGCGGCCGCGGGGAGCGGAGGCAGCGGCACCGGACCCGGCCGCCCCCGCCGGGGGCCAGGCUGAGUACGAAGCCGCCAUCCGCGGCCUGGGCAGUGCCAGGUCCCUCCCGGUCCCCAUCCUCGUCCCCGUCCCCGUCCCCACGGCAUCCCCGCGGCCGGCGCUGAUCCCGGCCGAGGAGUACGUGGAGGACUGGCUGGAGGACGACCUGGCGGCGGCGGCGGCGCGGGGGGCGCGGAAGCGCUCGCGCCGGGAGCCGGGGGACGGAGUCGGGGAGCCCGGUGCCGCGCGGCGCCGCCAGAACCGCCCCGUGGGGAGAGCGGCACCGGGACGCAGCCGCGAGCGCCCCGAGAGCCCCGGCAGCCCCGCGCGGGCGGCUGAAGGCUCGACGGAGGCUGGAGGAGAGGAGGCGCAGCCGCCCCCCGGCCCUGCCCUGCCGCCCCCCAUCCGAGUGCGGGUCCGGGUGCAGGACAACGUCUUCCUCAUCCCUGUGCCCCAGAGCGACGGCCGCGCCGUGGGCUGGCUGGCGGCGCAGGCGGCCGAGCGCUACUACCAGGCAUGCGGGCUGCUGCCGCGCCUCACCCUGACCAAGGAGGGGGCCCUGCUGGCCCCCCAGGACCUGGUGGGGGACGUGCUGCAGAGCAACGAGGAGGUGCUGGCCGAGGUGCAGUGCUGGGACCUGCCGCCCCUGGCCGAGCGCUACCGCAAGGCGUGCCGGAGCCUGGCCCUGGAGCCGCAGCCGCUGCUGCUGAAGGCGACGGAGCUGCAGGAGCAGAGCCCCGCGUUCAGCGCCGGGGGCCUGGCCCCGCGCCCCCCCCAGCUCCCGCCGCUGCUGCGGGCGCUGAAGCUGCAGGCGCCCCUGCGGCAGCUGCGCCUGGGGGGCUGCGGGCUGGCCGACGGGCACGGCGCCGAGCUCAGCGCCGCGCUCAGCACCCUGCCCGGCCUCGUCCUCCUCGACCUCUCCGGCAACCGGCUCGGCGCCCGGGGGCUGCAGCACCUCGCCGAGCCCGGCGUCGCUUUCCAGAGCCUGGAGGAGCUGGACCUGAGCCUGAACCCGCUGGGCGACGCCGGCUGCCGGCCGCUGGCGCUGCUGCUGCGCGCCUGCCCCGCGCUCACCGCGCUGCGCCUGCGCGCCUGCGGCUUCGCCGACGGCUUCUCCCGGCACUGCCGCCUCGGGCUGAGCGACGCCCUGGCAGGAGCGUCGCAGCUGCGGGCGCUGGCGCUGUCCUGCAACGCGCUGGGCGCAGCGGGGCUGGAGCCGCUCCUGCGCAGCCUCCCCGCCGGCACGCUCGGGCACCUGGACAUCGGCUCCGUGGGGGGGCCGGACCCCCGGCCCCUCGCCGCCGCCGUCGGCAGCUUCCUGGAGCGGGGCGGCUGCGCACUCGCGCACCUCGCGCUGUCCGGGAACGGCUUGGACGACGCGGCCGUCGCCGAGGUGGCCAGGCGCCUCCCUGCCUGCCCCUCCCUGGUCUCGCUGGACCUCUCGGCCAACCCCGGCAUCAGCGCCGUGGGCCUGCGGACGCUGCUGUCGGCGCUGGGCGAGCGGAGCCAGGGGCUGCGGUACCUCAGCCUGGCAGGCUGCUCCGUGGAGGGGCCCCUGGACGGCACCACCUGGGCCAGGGCGGCCGCCGGCGUGCGGGACCUGCGGCUCUGCGGCCGCGGCGUGAGCCGGCGUGACCAGCGGGACGCGGGGCAGGCCUGGCGCGGGCCCCCCGGCACCGGCCUCUGCGCCGUCACGCGCCACCGCAAGCUCUUCUGCACCAGCCUCUGAGCGCCCGGCGCCACCGCCCUCAGAGCCGUGGACGUCGCGAUACGGGGACGGCGCGAUACGGGGACGUUGGGACUUGGGGGGGGGUGCCACCGUGUGUGGACAUGGCCUCUGCACCCAGCCGCGUGCUGGUGGCCGUGGGAACGAGGACCAAGU